AGGGUUUGGGUUCCCUCUUUCUCAUCGUCACCUAGUAAUUAUUUCGAUAGUUUUUGUCUGGGAUUUGGGUACCGGUUCUUGUUGUGUCUCCGGACACCUUCGACGGGGAAAUUCUGGCACCCAGUCGAUGCAAAUUUGGGGGAAGUAUUGCCGGAGGGUUUCUUGGAGAGGACCGGAGAAAGGGGAUUGGUGUGGCCAAGUUGGGUGCCGCAGAAGGAGAUAUUAGCUCACGAGGCGGUCGGGGGAUUCGUGACGCAUUGCGGGUGGAACUCGACCCUGGAGAGCUUGUGGUUCGGGGUGCCGAUGCUUGGAUGGCCGCUGUAUGCGGAGCAGCACCUGAAUGCUUUUGAGAUGGAGAGGAUGCUUGGGGUGGCUGUGCAGCUCAAGGUGGACAGAAGGGGAGGGGGAUACGUUGGGGCCGAGGAGUUGGAAAGGGGAGUUAGGUGUUUGAUGGGGGACUCUGAGGACGGGAAGAAAGUGAGGGCGAAGGCUGAAGAGAUCAGACUGGCAAUCAAGAAUGCCAUAGGGAAAGAUGGGUCGUCGUAUAAUUAUUUGGAGCAACUAGCUGAGGACAUGAGCAAAGGAGGGGCUUCAAACAAAUAUUAAUCUGGUAUGAAGAUGUUGUACUUUUUUCCUUUUGAGCACUCCCUUGCCUGGUGAAAUGCAUGACCUGUUGAAUUAUUAGCUUACCGUGUAGGUUAAUGGCUAUGGCUGGCAUGCGAGGCUAGUGGAUUACAAUUUUAGUUCAACCUGUCUUUAAAUGCAUUUUGCAUCUAUCGCUGAGUUCAAGGGUCGCAUGCAUUUUAAGGCCAGGUCUCAAAUACUUUUAGUCAGAUUUUAGAUCAAAAUUAAUUUUAGUAUUUUUUGUGUCCAAAUCUGGCCAUGAUCAACUCUAGUCUCAAAACAUUUACAGUCCGUACAAACUUCAUUUUUUGCUAAUUUACAUGGCCAACCCAC